UUUUCAAAAUCAUCUCCAUCGCGCCCGCCCGCUCACUCGAUCAGUCAGUCGUGCGUCGGGUUGGAGUAACCAUAUACCUAGCGUAUUAUUUCUAGUAAUUAACAAAAAUCAGAACAAUCAUGAGCACCAAUGAAAAUAACAGUGAAGUGGCCGUUGACAAGGUCGGAGACGAGAAAACUGGAGAUGCGAAAAGUGAUCUAAAAGGAGCCAAAAGGGCAGCAGAGGACAAAGCGAUAGAAGCAAAAAAGGCGCGAAAAGAAGAAAAUGGCGGCGGGGACGACGAAGCACAUAGUGAAGAGGACGAUUUGGAAGGAGAAGGCGAAGGGGAGGAGGACGAUGAUGAGGAAGUAGACGAAGGUGACGAAGAUGAAGAAGAUUUAGAAGAGGGCGAAGAAGACGAUAUCGAAGAUGAAGAGGUGGAAGAGGAAUUAUUAGGGGAAGAGGAGGAAGAGGAUGCGUAAUACGCUCCGUGCCUCUAUAAGGACAAUGUCACAGUGAAGUGUUAGUGCACGUGACGGCCCGGACUGGCGCGGCCUCGCUUCGCCCCAACGCACCCUUCGGUGCACCCUUAUAUUGGACAAUUGAAAAUGUUCCUUCACACUUACACCGCAAGUUGCGCCGUUUUGAGACUAUAUGUGUCUCAAACUGUAUAAGAAAUAAACAUGUUGCCAUUUAAAGUUUUAGUAGUCGAAUUUUAGUUCGCAAAUUGCCACAUAGUUAUGAAUUAAUAAUAAAAUGGACUAAUAUAAGGGUGCACCAAGCCCGGGCCAGUGCUCGCGGCGGCUAGUUGGGAACACGCGGGGCCGACGACGCUCCCACCUAAAACGGGUGCAGUUAAUUUAAUAAAUGACAACAAACCGUAAUUAAGUCGAAUCCAAUGCAGAUUUUCAAUUUUUUACAAUGUUAUAAGUUUUAAACAGAAAGCGGUCCGAUGUACAUUGCGGCGCUCGCUGCUAACAAUUAAGACUUAGUGGAAUGCUGUUGAAUUUUUGUCAUGAGAUGUACAAAUGUGUUUUCUUUUUGAAAGUAAACUUUAUGUCUAAGUGAAAAUUUGCUCUGUAUUUAGAAGUAAUCCUAUGAGCCCGUUGUGCGGCAAAGUUGUGAUAUUUUUCCAUGAAAAAGUCCGAAGAAAACCAUUUUUUUAUUUUGAAAAUGUGUUGCAAGCAGAGCCAAAAUUAUCCUUUUGUAUAAUCGAGAGAUUGUGUAUAUAUAAAGAGUAAGUGAAGCCUGGCAUUUUGUAAGCGGCAAUGCAACAUAGCGUGUUUGCUGCAAUUCAUAUACCACUCUUUCUGUUUUUCCGGCGGCACCUUCGGGCCAUAAUAUGACCCGUGUAGUUUCGGCGGGGACGAAAUUCCCGCCGCAUAGCGCUUGUUAUAGAAUCUUUGAAUUUGUAAAAUUGAAGUGGGUCGGGAGUUCGUAGCCCGCCACUGGCUUCUGCUAAUCGUGCGGUAGAGUUCACAACAAAGAGCGACUACUUUUGAUAGAAAAACAUCACAAUUUUGCUACACUAUCUCGCUGCGCGCGCCCGUCGCCCGCUCGACUGAUAAAUAGCGUGACGGUUGGCGCGGCGCGUCGCGACACCCAACACCUAUAACCGGCCCGUAACUUUGUCCAUAUUGUUAAUUAGGAUAGAACCUUCAGUUCGGUAUUCCAAUUACGAGGUGUGGACUAAGAGAUUCCUAGGUUAAAGUGAUCUAGUAAGUAGUUGGUACGAUAUAUUUUAUGAAGAGACGCCCGGGAAGUCGACCGGUGGCGGCAGCGUGCGGGCGGAGGGGAGGGGUACGCGUCGCUGCGGCCCCCUCCCGCGCGCGCGUGGCCUCUUUCGAUUUGCCGCGGCCGCCCCCCGCCACCGCCCGCGGCGACCCGGCGGCGUCCGGCGCCCCUCGUACCGCGGCACGGCGACGCGUUCCCGCGCGUGGAAAAUAACCGACAUCACGGUGUCCAUUGCCGCGCGGCCGACGCCGGUCGGACGGCGACGACCGCGCCGCCGCUCGUUGGACCGCGACCGCCGGCUGACGCCGGCGGCCUGCAUCACAAUAGUCGAGCCACGUCAUAUUUUUUUUCAGCUAGCAUAGACUGCGGGGUUAUUCGAACAUUUACACGAGAAUGCUUCGUUGUCGUUCGCGCAUCGAAGGGAGCAGAACUGUUUUCAUUAGCAUCAAUUGACAUAAAAAUAAAACGAAAAUGAAAUU